GAUAACUUCCGAGUUGCAGACGACGAAUAUGUCCGUGUUGACAAUCUCAGUGGUGUUCUUCUCACGUUUGAAGACAUCCUGAUCACAAUGACCGCCUGCUUUUCGGGAUGUGCAUUACCUUCAGUAAGGUUGCUUACUAGAAAGACAUUAAGCCAAACCAUUGUGUCCCAAGUACGUAACAUUGUCCCCCUGUCAAGAACAAGAUCAGUUUUGAAGCCAAAGAUUUCCCUCAGGACUAGAACUGUUUCUUCAACACUUGUCGGAAAUUUUUAUCAGACAGGAAUUGUGCAAGCUGAUAAGAGAGACUCAAUGGAAGGGGAUGCGAGACAAAUAUUCCAGGCUGCUGUGGAGUCGGUGAUGCCGAGACCGAUGCUGGAGAGGGAAGUGACGUACAAGAAGGAGACAAGGACUCUGUGUGUGGGAGGCAAGGAGUAUCAGCUGCAGCAUAAUGUGUUCGUGGUUGGUUUUGGUAAAGCGGUCAGCGGUAUGGCACGAGUCGUGGAGGACAUGCUGGGGGAACACAUUGUGAGGGGCAUCAUAAGCAUUCCAGUUGGGGCGACGGAGCAGUUACAGAAGUUAAAUAAAAAUGACAUGUUGUUGGAGGCGAGCAGUAAGAUCAUGGUGUAUGAGGGAGCCCAGAAUAACCUCCCAGAUGAGGACUCUCUCAAGGCUGCUAAAGAAAUCCACAAACUGGUGUCAAAUCUGGGAGAGGAUGACAUCCUCAUUGUGCUUGUGUCUGGUGGUGGAUCAGCCCUGCUGCCAACUCCAUGUCCCCCUAUAUCCCUGGGGGAAGAGAUGGAGCUGACCCGCCUACUGGCCAGCAAGGGGGCCACCAUUCAGGAGCUCAACCUUGUCCGCUCCAACAUCGAGGUUCUCAAAGGAGGAGGACUUGCUCUGGAAGCCAGACCAGCCUCAGUGAUAUCUCUCAUCCUGUCUGAUGUGAUAGGAGACCCCCUUGACUUCAUUGCCAGUGGUCCCACAUUCUUCAGUGCCACUGAUGCCAGUCAGUGCAUGCAUCUUUUCAAAAAAUUUGGAAUUACAGACCAGAUUCCCAAGUCAGUCUUAGAAUACUUGGAACAACAAAAGAAAAUCAAAAAAGAUUCCAUAACUGUUGAUAGCCCUGAUUUUGAACAUUUGGCCAGAGUUCAAAACCACAUUGUUGGAAACAACACAAUAGCCACUUCAACUGCAUGCACCACAGCUAGAAAUCUGGGUUAUCUCCCCUUAGUUUUGUCAACAUGUUUGAGUGGAGACACGAGAGAAAUUGCAGCCAUGUUUGGGAAUCUGGCAAAAUAUAUCCUGUUGAUAUUCAGAAGGAACUCUAAAGAGUAUAACCCUGUGUUGGCCACGCUGGAAGUUGACCUGGUUCGAACUGGAAUCAGCAAGGACAAACUAAAUGAGGUUGUCACUGUGGUGGAGAAAGGCAAGAACAUGCAGAAAGGGGUUUGUAUUGUAGCAGGAGGGGAGACAACUACGCUUGUGAAGGGAAGUGGUCGUGGAGGAAGGAACCAGGAGAUGGCGCUGGCUAUUGCUCCUUAUCUUGCCGCCUUGAAAGGAGACUCUGUGUUCAAGACAUAUAGUCAGAUCUGCUUCCUGAGUGCAGGCACUGAUGGACUUGAUGGACCCACAGAUGCUGCAGGGGCUGUGGUUGAAAUGGACUUUACGCAAAUCCUGGCCGAUGAGGGAAUAUCGCUUGAUGAGUUCUUGCAGAAUAAUGAUUCCUAUAAUCUGUUUCGUUUAGUCCGAAAUGGGUCUAGUCACAUCAAGAUUGGCCAUACUGGGACGAAUGUGAUGGACAUUCAGAUAUUGAUGGUGAAGCAAUAAUGUUCGUGACACAGUUGACCGCGUUUUUACACAUAGUAUGCAGUGUAUUCCAGGGUAUGUCAAAGAAAACCAGGAUUUCUUGAGUGUUUGUCUUGUAUUAAAGGCACAAUGUCACACUU